UACACUGGCGCAGGCGUUUUUCCGUCCCAGGCAGCGCGCGCAGGAGGGGGCGGGACCAGACGGUUGCGCGCGCCGACGGCUAGCGUAGCGGGUCAAGAUGGCAGCUACCAAGUUUUGGGCUUUGCUGCAGGGAUGGAGAACCGGUGUCCAGCGGAGCUGCGGGCUACGGCUGUUGAGCCAGACCCAGGGUCCUCCGGAUUACCCCAGCUUUGUGGAGUCUGUGGAUGAAUACCAGUUUGUGGAACGCCUUUUACCAGCUACGAGGAUCCCAGUUCCCCCAAAGCAUGAACAUUACCCUACACCUAGUGGUUGGCAGCCUCCCAGAGACCCCCCACCCAACCUGCCCUACUUUGUACGACGCUCUCGGAUGCACAACAUCCCCGUCUACAAGGACAUCACACAUGGCAACCGGGAGAUGACUGUGAUCCGGAAGGUGGAAGGGGACAUCUGGGCCCUGCAGAAAGAUGUGGAAGAUUUUCUGAGCCCACUGCUGGGGAAGACACCCAUCACCCAGGUCAAUGAGGUGACAGGUACCCUGCGGAUCAAGGGCUACUUUGACCAAGAGGUUAAAGCCUGGCUUUUGGAGAAAGGGUUCUGAGGCCCAGCCGAACAGCCUUCAUGACAGCAGCCCCUGCAGACUGAGAGCCUAGGGGGCCGAGGGAGGUGGAUGUUGGAGCCCCUGGCACUGCAGAUACAGAAACUAGGGCUAAAGGACUUUGGGGUGAGGGCUUGCUUGCAUAAAGGAGAAAACUGGACCCUAUGUACAUGCUGGGGGAAGAGUGCCUAACACCGCAGACCAAAUAGGAUUAAAUUAGGCUCGUGGGGGGCAUCAGCAGCUGUCUAUCCUACCUUGGCCUGUUUUUUUUUUGAGACAGUCUCACUCUGUCAUCCAGGGUGGAGUGCAAUGGUGUGAUCUUGGCUUACUGCAACUUCCACCUCCUGGUUCAAGCAGUUCUCUUGCCUCAGCCUCCUGAGUAGCUGGGAUUACAGACGCCCACCACCACACUGCUAGUUUUUCUUUUUUUUUUGAGAUGGAGUCACUCUGUCCUCCAGGCUGGAGUGCAGUGGUGCAAUCUUGGCUCACUGCGACCUCCGCCUCACAGGCUGGAGUGCAAUGGUGCAAUCUUGGCUCACUGCGACCUCUGCCUUGCAGGCUGAAGUGCAAUGGUGCAAUCUUGGCUCACUGCAACCUCCACCUCGCAGGUUCAAGUGAUUCUCCUGCCUCAGCCUCUCAAGCAUUGGGGAUUUAUACUACCACACCCUGCUAAUUUUUUGUUUUUAGUAGAGACAUGGGGUUUAACCACAUUGACCAAGCUGGUCUCAAACUCCUGACCUCAGGCAAUCUGCCUGCCUCAGCCUCCCAAAGUGCUGGGAUUACAGGCAGGAGCCACCGCACCUGGCCUAGUUUUUGUACUUUUAAUAGAGAUGGGGGUUCACCAUGUUGGCCAGGCUGGUCUCGAUCUCUUCACUUCAAGUGAGCUGCCCACCUUGGCCACCCAAAGUUCGGGGAUUAUGGGCGUGAGCCACUGCGCCUGGCCCACCUUGGCCUGUUUUUUCCUUUCCUUGGGACUCCUUGGGCUCAGCAAUUCAAAUUCUAGUUGUUUUCUUGUGGAAGCAGUAGCCCAACCCAGUUUAGGGGAAGGUAGAACAGGGCAGAGCCACUGGGUACUUUCCUUUCUCCAGAGAUCACUGUUGCAAACAUCCCCAGGCCCUUGUUGCAGGCCAGAUCUUGCUUGGUGCAGGCUGUGGGGAACACAGAUGACUCGGGCAUGAGUCUUGGAGAUCUUCUGUUCCAAGUGCAGUGCUGACACUGGGGCACAGUGCCCACAUUAGCCCUGGGCUCUUUCUGAGAGAGAGAGGUGGUCCAUUCUUUCUUGGUCACUAUUCCAUUGCAGACUAGACUUGCUGGCCUGACCACAAGGAGUACCUGGGAACUCCUUGCAGCCAGCCUAGGGCCAUCCUCCCCAGCCUGCUGACCUGGAAUCAAGGCUGGAGAGGGGUUUGCAGGGAGGAAGAUGCUGACCCUUCACUCUACCAUUGCAUCCCAACCCCAGCCAACUAGUCUUCGUACAUGCCCUAUACUUGGAGUCACAGGGGCCAAAGGCCUGAGACCUCACCCUACCCCUAAACUGGCUAAGACAGCUUUCAGUUCCUGGCUCCCCAACUUGGUCUCUGCCCUGAGGCAGAGCACUGAACUCUGGGCCACUUCUCCAUGUGUAAAAUGAGCACAUCUUCCUAAUCUGUUAAUGGUCUAUGGUGUCCCCAAGGAUAGUUCUGGCUUCUAUGGAAACCCUGGAGCCUGAAGAUUCCAGGCCAUUCUCAAGUGUACAGCCAGAGCAGGGAGCCCAGCACUGAUUUCUUUCUGUGACACAGCCUCACCAAUUGUUAAUGCAAGUUUUUAUUUGGCUGUAUAUACAAUUUAAGCUAUUAAAAUUUGUACAAUAUUUACAAAUUAAAUAAUCAUCUGAAA